GGAUACUCAUGAUUCGGCCACAGUUCACUCUCCCGUUGUGUGUAGGGUUUCUAGGGAACCCAAUCAGCGACACCAUGGUUCAGGGUUAUAGUGUAAUCACUGGAAGGGCGGCGACUUAGCUUCUCCGCAAAACAUGAGAUGUCAGUCUUGCGUCCCAGACCCCUCCUCCUGCUGCUGUCGGGGACCCUGGCCCUGAGACCAGGACGGAUGAGUGAGGGGUCGGGAGAGAAAACGCCCCAGCGUGGGCGGAGGCAGGGGACCGCUAGACGGAAGGGUUGCUCCACCGCCUCGGACCCAGAGCUCUCACCUCCGCCUCACCCACCCCUUGGUCCCGACUCUUCUCCAACCUGCCACCCCUCUUCCGUCCCACAAGCCCCCUCGUCUGUGCCCUCCCGGCCGCCUCCCCCUAGGACCCGGGCCCCACGCCGAGAGGAGGGUCGGGAGGGGUCUCACCCCUCCGCGCCCACAGGCUCCCACUCCCUGAGGUAUUUCUACACCGCGGUGUCCCGGCCGGGCCGCGGGGAGCCCGGGUACUUGGAAGUCGGCUACGUGGACGACACGCAGUUCGUGCGGUUCGACAGCGACACCCCGAGUUCGGUGAUGGAGCCGCGGUUGCAGUGGGUGGACCAGGAGGGGCCGGAGUAGUGGGAGCAGCAGACGCAGAACUUCAGGACCCGCACACAAACUCUUCAAGUGAGGCUGAAUGAAUUGCGUGUCCACUACAGCCAGAGCAAGGCCGGUGAGCGACCUGGGCCCGGGUCCAGGUCACGACCCCCCUCCCUACGGACGCGCCAAGGUCGCCCCGAGUGUCUGGGUCCUAGUGCCACGCGGAGUCUGCGCCCCACCCCCGUCCUGCGAAUA